AUUGUGAAGUAGAUUUAAAAUUUUUCGAUGUUUUGCUCUCGUAAAUGAACAAUAAUACACUUAAUUGUUUUGUAUAUCUGUUUGGAAAAAGCGGAGGUCAAAAAAAAUAUUUUCGGUUCUUGAAGCUGUAUUGUGUCAAAGCGUUAUUGUUUUACUUGCUAUUUUAAAUCACUAACAAUUAUUCUCUGUGUCCAUGGGUUGAAGCCGUUAAAGAUAAGUUAGGUUAUCCACGCGAACCUGUCGAAACGUUUUCUUAUAACGUUACUCACAAACUCAAUGUGCGAAUCGAAUGUUUUAAAAUUUUAUUUGUAACUCGUUACUCAGUUUUCAUCUUCUCAAAAUGAAGAUCAGUGUUGAUGGCUUGAUCGUUUAUUUUCCUUACGACUACAUUUACCCCGAACAAUAUGCUUACAUGCUUGAACUCAAAAAGGGUUUGGACGCCAAGGGUCACUGCCUGCUGGAAAUGCCUUCAGGCACAGGGAAAACUGUGACACUAUUGUCACUCAUUAUCGCAUACAUGUUAGAAUAUCCACUGGUCGUAACAAAACUAAUUUAUUGUUCUCGAACAGUUCCCGAGAUUGAAAAAGUUCUCGAGGAGUUGAAAAACUUGAUGGAUUAUUACGAAAAAGAAGACAAAGUCAAACCAAAAAUCGUUGGAUUGGUUUUGAGUUCAAGGAAAAAUAUGUGCAUUCAUCCAGAGGUGAGCAAGGAACGGGAAGGUAAAAUCGUUGAUGGUCGCUGUCAUUCGUUAACGGCGUCGUACGUCCGCGAUCGUCACAAUUACGAUGACACAACACCAAUAUGUAAUUUUUACGAAGGAUUCGAUAUGGAAGGUCGAGAACAAAUUAUGCCAUCGGGCAUAUAUUCGAUCGAUGACAUGAAAGAUUAUGGACGAGACAGGAAUUGGUGUCCAUAUUUUCUGGCGAGAUUCGCGAUUCUUCAUGCCCAAGUCAUCGUUUACAGUUACCACUAUUUAUUAGAUCCCAAAAUUGCGGAGACUGUAUCAAAGGAACUUGCCAAGAGUUCGGUCGUAGUUUUCGACGAAGCGCACAACAUUGAUAACGUUUGCAUAGACUCGAUGAGCGUCAAAGUAAAUCGACGGCUGAUGGAAAAAAGCUCCGCAAAUAUUCAACUCCUUGAGAAAACAGUUGCAGAAAUGCGGGAUGACGAUGCGAACAAAUUGAAAGAAGAAUAUCACAGAUUGGUUGAGGGUCUGAAAGACGCACAACUCGCGAGAGAAACUGACGUUAUUCUCGCCAAUCCAGUAUUACCAAAUGAAGUUCUCGAGGAAGUGAUACCAGGCAACAUAAGGAACGCUGAACACUUUGUGAGUUUUCUCAAGCGUUUCGUGGAAUAUUUGAAGACGCGUUUGCGGGUCCAGCACGUCGUACAAGAAUCUCCAGCUAUAUUUCUCCACGAUAUCCAAUCAAAAGUUUGCAUCGAGAGGAAGCCACUGCGCUUUUGUGCCACAAGGUUGUCAUCGCUUCUCAGAACGAUGGAAAUCACUGAUAUUACAGACUUUUCGCCACUCAUUCGUAUCACUCAUUUGGCGACUCUGGUGUCGACGUAUACGACAGGAUUCACCAUUAUUGUCGAGCCUUUCGAUGACAAAACGCCAACAGUGUCGAAUCCAGUGUUGCAUUUCAGUUGCUUAGAUUCUUCGAUUGCGAUGAAACCGAUUUUCGACAGAUUUCAGUCAGUCGUCAUCACUUCCGGAACACUUUCGCCUUUGGAUAUGUAUCCGAAAAUACUGAACUUUCAUCCAGUAAUCAUGACUUCGUUUACCAUGACUUUGGCAAGACCGUGUCUUCUCCCAAUGAUCGUCGCAAAAGGAAAUGAUCAAGUGGCAAUUUCCUCGAAAUUCGAAACGAGAGAUGAUGUUGCAGUAAUUCGAAAUUACGGUCAGUUGUUGGUCGAGUUUGCAGCCACAGUUCCCGAUGGUUUGGUUUGCUUUUUCACUUCUUACCUCUACAUGGAGUCAGUCGUAGCCGCAUGGUACGACCAAGGUGUCGUGGAUCAACUACAAAGGCACAAACUUUUGUUCAUCGAGACUCAAGACUCUGCGGAAACGAGUUUGGCUUUGAUAAAUUAUAUAAAAGCUUGUGAAAAUGGCAGAGGUGCAGUUUUAUUGUCAGUCGCUAGAGGCAAAGUUUCGGAAGGUGUUGAUUUCGACCAUCAUCUUGGUAGAGCCGUUCUCAUGUUUGGAAUACCGUACGUCUACACUCAAUCGCGUAUUUUGAAAGCGCGAUUGGAAUAUUUGAGAGAUCAGUUUCAAAUAAGAGAAAACGAUUUCUUGACUUUCGAUGCCAUGAGGCACGCAGCUCAGUGCGUAGGACGGGCGAUUCGUGGAAAAACGGAUUACGGUAUCAUGAUUUUUGCAGACAAAAGAUUUUCGAGAGCCGACAAGAGAAGCAAAUUGCCGAAAUGGAUUCAAGAGCAUCUGACUGAUAAUUUAUGUAAUUUAUCGACAGAAGAAGCGAUUCAGAUUAGCAAACGAUGGUUGCGACAAAUGGCGCAGCCAUUUUCGAGAGAGGACCAAUUAGGAUUAUCGCUACUGACUCGAGAACAGCUCGAGAAAGAAGAGACUAGUAAAAUUCAGCAAUCGGCCCAGCAGAACUAAUGGAGUGUGAAAACCGUCAAAAUCAAUUUCGUCAAAAAAAAUAUAUUUUUUGUACAUCCUAUAGCUGUAUAUUACUUUUCCCAUAACAACAAAAACUCAGAUUCAUAUGAGAAUAGUAAUAAAUUAUUAUAAGCACUUA